AUGUUUGACCGCGCGUUAUUGCUUACACUUGUUCUACUGUCUUGCGAAGCUCAGAAUGGCCCUUUAUUCAGUAUCGUAGACUCUAAGCGGCGUUUGGUGAACGAUAAAACAAAACUUCCGAUUGUUCAGCAAGUUCCACAAGUAUCCCGAGAUCUAUCCCUUGAUCUUAAGGACAUGAAACUGCCAACAUUCAUAAGCGACAACGAUAGAGUAGAACUGACAGAUCAAAUUAUUAGUGAAUUCAACGCCGGUCUUGAUAACGAAGACAUCACAUUUAGUAUGAGUGAUUUGGUGAAAAAAUAUGGCUAUCCGAUAGAGAAACAUCAGGUAAUAACCAAGGAUCGAUAUAACUUAUCAAUGUACAGAAUUCCAAACAAUGGGUCGGCAGUAUUCCUGAUGCACGGUCUCCUUGGAAGCUCUGACGAUUUUGCCGUAGCGGGUCCGGAGAGUGGACUGGCUUAUCUAUUAUCAGAUGAUGGGUAUGACGUGUGGAUGGGCAAUAGUCGUGGCAAUAAGCACUCACGCCAACAUCUGGACCUGGAUCCUUCGCAAUCAGCCUUUUGGGACUUCUCAUGGCAUGAGAUCGGAUGUUACGAUCUCCCAGCUAUGAUAGAUUAUGUGCUCCAAGCUACUAAAACGAGUAAACUUAAAUACAUAGGUCACUCGCAAGGCACCACUUCGUUCUUCGUAAUGGCUUCCCAGAGACCUGAAUACAACAGCAAAAUAUCUCUUAUGGUGUCGUUAGCACCUGUAGCAUUCUUGACGCAUGUAAAAUCACCGAUAUUGAGACUUCUAGCCCCAGGUAAUCCAUUUUUUUACAGCAUUACGCAAAGCCUGGGUGUUAACGAGGUUCUACCAGACAAUAGUGCGUCGAGAGUUUUAAGACGGCUACUUUGCGGUGUUGGAGCGUUGGCGAAAACCAUUUGCAGUAACAUUGUUUUCCUCUUCUUGGGGCUCGAUUUUGGUCAACUGAACGUGACUAACCUGCCGGUGUUAUAUAGUCACAUACCAUCAGGUGCGUCUGUUAAGCAAUUCGUUCAUUACGGCCAGGGUGUUGUAUCGGGAGAUUUUAAACAAUUCGAUUAUGGGGAUAUCACAAAUUUAGAUUUAUACGGGUCAAAUGUGCAACCUCUUUACAACUUGCAGAAUGUUACAGCACCUGUUUCAAUGUUCUAUAGUGAAGCAGACUGGUUUACUGACCCGAGGGAUUUAAAUAAACUGUAUAAAAGGCUAGGGAAUGUAAUAGAUCUGUACAAAGUGCCUUAUGAACAGUUUUCACAUUUAGAUUUUCUUAUUGCCAAAGAUUUUAAGACGUUAAUUUAUUUGCGGCUACGUAAAUUAUUGAGACAUGCUUAA